AUGGAGAAGGUGAAUGUGAUUCAAGAAAUGUUGAAAACGGCACAGAGUCGCCCCAAGUCCUACACAAAUGUUAAGAGAAGAAUCUCCAACAGAGUUGAAAAUGUAGCAUAUGAGUUGGAGUUACCCCAAAAGUUAGCAACGGUUCAUCCGAUUUUCCAUGUGUCUAUGUUGAAGAAAUGCUUAGGUGAUCCUUCAUUAAUUGUACCAACUGAUAAUUUUGGGAUUACCUAUGAGGGUAUUCCGGUUCAAAUUUUGGAUCGUGAAGUUCGCAAGUUGAUAACAACAGAAGUUGAAUCAGUCAAAGUCCUUUCGAGAAAUAAAUUUGUUGAAGAUGAAACUUGGGAAGCUGAGGAGGAUAUGAAGAAGAGAUAUCUACAUGUCCUUGAAUACGGAGUGAUUGCAGAUCAAGGUACUUAA